AUGUUCACCAAGCAAGAGGAGGCGGCAGCGAGUAGUAGGAGGAAUGCAUCUCAUACAGCUUACCCAUCUGAAGACCGACCACGCGGAAGACAGCCUGUCGACGACGAGGCGUCCUUUCCACACAGAUCGCAUCCCUUUCGCGGCGCCAAUCCAACGACCACGCUCGGGCCUCAUCAACUUAGCUUGACAACAUCUUCUCGAACGCCAGCUGCUACUCUACCAUCAGCCGAUAUCGUCUACCAACUACAUCUAGCCACAUCUACAGGUGCUUCUAGCUGCUUGACGGAUCUCGACAAACCAGCGCUAGCAAUCCCGCAAAUCACUCAACACGAACCAUCUCCACAUCUUGACGAUGCCCUCCAUCUUCCACCGAUCGACCUCAAAACGGAAUGUCAAGGCUGGCGGGCUGGUGGUCAUACGGGAAAGUAUAUCCAGGAAUCAAGCGGGGAAGUAAGGGAAUUCGGCGCACUGCCCUCGGGAGCAGUCGGUGCUCGUCAUCUCACCCUUGCAUCCCCUCCAUCGUCCCCACACCCCUCCUCCUCAACGCACACACAACCUCCCGCACCGCCCGGCAAAUACACCUUUCUCCCCACUUAUCUCCCACCCCAUACCUCAUCCGAUAAUUCCAUCGAUAGCACGCACUACUCGGACCCCGACAUACCCGGACAGAGGGAGUAUGGCUAUCUCGGCGGAGUGGGCGGGAAGGUCGUACUGGGGCUGGAUGAUGUCAAGGCGGUAGUGGUGGAUGUGGCGAGGGAGCUGGAGGGUAGGGGCGUGGCGACUAUCUUGCUGUUCAGUAGCGGGGCGUUGGAGGGGAAUAUGGCGCGGGCGAGGUUGCUGGUUCAGGCGUAUGUGGAUAUGCUAUCCUCAAGCUACCGUCCAGAAGCGUCAUCCUCUCAAUCCAAGUCGUUCUCGCACGAUCUACAAUACGCCAAAGAGCACGAAUUGGCGUGGUUCCUGCGCUGGGCGCUAUCCCGGAUUGCUAGGCGGAAAGAAGGGACGCGCGAGAUCUCAAGGGGUAUCAUCGAGUGGGAAGUAUACGAAGAAUGGCGCGGGAGAGAACGAGCCGCAAGCUACCCAACCGACGCCUUUCCCUACCUCUCCGCCCUCUUUCCUUCCUCCGCCUACUCGCUCCUCCAACCCCUGUUCCACCUCCUGUCCCGCCUCGCCGCCCACUCCCAUCUAUCCGGCCUGACCCCACACGCCCUGUCCUCCCUCUUCGCCCCACUCCUCUUCGACGUUCCCGUUCAUUCUCCCGCUCUGGCCAGCCACACCGCCUUUGUCCGCGCCGCCUCCGCAACCGAACACAUCCUUCUCGCGUAUAUACGCAGUACGUCCCGGUCGGCCGAUCUGGGGCUCAAUGACCUCCCGUUGAGGCUGAAUGAAUGGGUAGCUGGCUACCCGGGGAUGGUGGUUAGCGAUACCGAGCUCGUCAGGGGCUUACCGCGGAAAGGGGCCAGGGUGAUCCGGUGCGAGAGGGCGACGAGGGUUGUGCGGGCCUACUCGAAGGAUCUUGUCGCUACCGCAGAGACGUGGGCAGGGCAGGGAGAAUGGCCAGCAUGGGAACGGGUCGUCUUGCGGAGCAAGCGAGGGGAUUCCAGGCCAAAAUUUACAGGAGGGUACAGACGGAAGAUGGUCGUCAAGGAGACGCCGGCGCUUCCUGCUUCGGCGGCGAUAGGGGAGGUGACGGAGUAUGGUCUGGCGGAAAUGGGGAGUAGCGCGGGAGCGAUGAGGAAGGGGGCGAGAGCGUAUGACUCCGACAGUGGGCAUGGGCGACAAGGGUCGGAUGAGGAGGGGAGGUAUGGGAGUCUAGCGGGAAAGGAGUGGAGUAUGUUUGAAGAAGGGGGGUUUGGGAGUGAGGGGCAGAAUGAGUUUGGGGACAAGUUGCGGUUUGACCUGACCGAGAGUGCCAAGAUGCUGACCCGCCAAUCCGUCAUUGAACGCCGAAAAACGAUGGACUGGACAGACUUUGCCUCCUCCUCUGGCGGCUUCACACGUACCGACCCCGCCCUCACCACAAACCUUACCUUCUCGCCCCCACUCGCCCAGUCGAUCGAGUCGUGGCCUAAGGAACGCACGGAUCUGUCGAAACGGCUUCACAAGUCCAACAAGGAUUCGGUGCCGUUUCAUCAUGACACGACUGCCAAGUUUGGGGAGGCGAGCGGGUGGUUGGACCUCGCGGGAGGGGAGGAGAAGAGAGAUGGGAAGGGGAGGGUUUAUCUUGAAGAGGCUUUCCUGGACUUUUGGGCGGAUUUGGGGUUGGGUGGGGGGUGGGUCGAUAGGGCCGAGUUGACGUUCAGGGAGAGUAGCUGGGCUAUCCUCGAGUAUAAGGCGAAGCCAUCGACGGAAAUUGAGACCCAUGCAGGCCAGGGUCAAGAUCCACGAACGUCCAGCCUGUACUUCUUGUUCGAAGAGAAAGUCCCUUAUGACUAUCAACUGGCCAUCGCCAACCCCUCCGAAAAGCGCGCCUUCUCCCUCUUCACUCGAAAGAAGAAGAACCCCUCCCUCCCCAAAUCCGCCUCUGCGGGCGCGGGCGGUCUAUCUUUAUCAGCUUCGGCCCUCGUUGCGCCUCAAGGGGAGUUUGAUCGGAUGCUCCUCAGUCCGUCGGGGACCAAGAAGGUCACGCUCAGUGGGAAUAAAGGGAGUGAGGCGAGUAUAUGGCAUAAGCAGACUGGGGGGCCUUUGUCGCCCGCCUCGCCUACGAAAGGGAAGGGCCAGUCGCAGGCGCACGCGGGAUUUGUGGUCAAGAGUAGGCCGGAAGGUGGGAAGGCGCCGGUGGAUAUGCCGGUGCCGCUUUCGGUUCCGGUCACGGCACCGGGGCUGAGGCAGGAGGGGAAGAGGGAGAUGAGUGGGACAGGGAGGGAGGAGGGGGAAGGGAAGAAGUCACUCUUUGGAAGAAGCAAGUCUGGGAAGGUGGGGAGAGGACGGGGGGGAGAGGAUGCGGUGGAGGCGGAGACGGUGGAUUAUGAGCUGCAGUCGGCGAGUGGGGUGGGGUCGCCUGAUGGGGGAUCUGCGGGAGGACGAGAGGAGGACAAGUGGAUGGGUGAGCUACGACUUGGUCGUCUGGUCGCGAACACAUACUUGUCUCAAAUGGCGCACGCAGGAUGGAUCGACAAUUACCCACUCCCGCUCGCCUACCUCCACCUCCCACCCCUGCAGGAGCCCUAUCGCCCUCGCCUCUCCCCACCGCCCAACACCGCAAGUCCCGCACCCCUUCCCUCGAUACUCCCCCGAACGCCUCCCUCCUGCGAUUUAUCACUCCCCCGAUGCCUCGGCCGAGACGGAGGACGAGCUCCAUACGCCCCGCGCACCCAACUUUGUUCCUCUCGCCGCUGA